AUGAAAUGCGCUUCCAUUGAUGGUGCUAGUCCACCAGCGCAUGAUAGAGGAGACAUGGUACACCCAAUUUUGGGCAAUUACCAUCUUCCUGUAGAGGUAGAGAAUACACGAAAGCAAUCAGGAAUGCACAAUCUCUCUCGAGAAGGCUGGGGUGAAGACAUGCCUCGAAAUUUUCCUUACAAAGAUGGAUUGCGCAUACUGCAUCCCCGUCUUCAAGAAAGGUUCGGGGACGAGAAUGUUGAUUUGGCUUUGGGUGUCUUGGAAGAAUUGAUUGAAGUGGAAGAACAACCUCCAUUCCCAGCUUCUGUUUUCCAAAGAUGGAAGCAUGAGCACCUCCGUAGGAAGACAAGUCCGCCCGGCUCCGCAAUAGAACCAACUGGACCAAUCGGGACAUCCUCAAAAUAUUCUACGCCUACUAGGUCGUUCAUGAGUAAUGCGAAGAAAGAGUUGGGGCACAGAGUGAUGAGUGCUCUCUCAGAAACCAGAGAAAGUCUGAGUUAUGCGGCUUCUGACCGGGUAGAACUGAUAGAAAUCGGGAGGUACGAGAAGCUUCCUAACGAUACGGUGCCUACCACUUUCGUAGCUUCCAAAAGCAUUGGUGGACAGGGUGCAACUCGCAAGGUCUCCAACAUAAUGAAUGUCAACUUACCACCAGGUCGUGAUAUCCCGAAUGCGAAUUUUGCAAGAAAAAACGAGUUGAUUCAAGUCGGACAGCCAACUCCAGAUUAUCUCCUUGCUCUUCGUCAGCCCACUCUUGAUGAGGUCGUCGAUAGACUGUGGGAAUCGAAGAUAAAAUGUCCUGACUCCAAUCCGCUCCGUUCUUACUUGAAUAACUACUAUAGCCUUCCCGCCAGUCCUAGUGUCUUCUUUGACGGCGGCCUUGACUAUAAAUGGGACACUCCGGAUAUUAUCGAAAGCACCGAGAACGAUGUCUCUAAUAUAUACUCCGCCUCGGGAAUUGACGAACUACUACAGUCGACUCACUUUACAUAUGAGGACAGUCACAACAUCACAGACGAUUGCCAACUAGAGAAUACAUAUCAUGCACAUACAACUGACUGUGUUGAACAGUUCGGUCUAAGCAAACUUUCGACCUCAAACAGCCAUAAUACGAAACUGUUUGAAGACAAAGAGGAGGAAAUACUGUAUCCUACCGUGUAUGUGCCUCCUGCGAAGGGCAGAAUUUCGAAGAAGGAAAAUCGUAAAGGGAGUUCAGCACUAAAGUCUGAGCCCUAUCAGAUCGAACGUGAACAUCACGAUCGCGAUAGAUGUGGUGGUAUUUGUCAGUCCUGGGAAUGUCGAUAUAAACAAGAAUACCGCAAAUCUAUGGGUAACGUUGUGAAAUGGAGCGAGCCAUCUUCAAGGUAUGGUGAAGAAUCCGAAGAAUCCGAAGAAUCCCGGCUAUCACCAACUGUCUACAGUCCACCAUCUUCCCUUGAUCCCUUCAAUAAGUACAAAAGUUCUCCGCAUAGCACUAAGCUUUCAUGGGGAGAAAAUAACAUUUCGCCUCAUUUUGUAGUUGAUUGUCUGGAAACUUGUGACGCUGGAACUGCGACAUCCCACAAGCCGACGUUUCCAAAAGAGGAGAACCUCGGAGUAACUGUACCUCAACUCAAUUCACAAUUGUCUAUGUCGCUCGAAGAAGUAAACCUUACCCCACCAGGUCGAUUAUCUGAACGUUCAUAUCUCCCAAAGAUUCCGAUAAGAAGUGAAUCUCCUGCCGCUUUCGGUAGGCCAAAGGCGGGAAGCCCAAAGAACUCAAUUUCCUUGACAACCGAGUUUCCGUUGUCUCUAAAAUCACAAACAAAUGUUAAUCAAUAUAACACUACGAAUGGGGACUCAACCAUUCCAUAUUUUUUAAGAUAUCCGGAUGAUUCACCUUUACCUGCAUCACCUGUAAUUGCGUCCAACCCAGUUCGAAAAGGAAUUAUGGAUCUCGAUGGUGCAGUCGAUGUUUGUUUUCCAAAACAAACCGAUAGAACCAAACAACCGAUUCUAGACAAUAAACCAAAAACUCCCCACAAUAUUCCCAAUAGCCACAAUGGCCAUUCACUUUACAAUGAGAAUAAUCUAGGCGAAGCUGCGAAAAGAUUUUUGAUGGAACUCAAUCAAGGCCGCCUUCCUACUCUACAAUCUCCAACAAUUUGCUCCCCACAACCUUUGUAUAUCUGCAAGCAACCAAGUCAAGUUCAACUUGAACAAGCAACAAAACAUCAAAACCAUAACACCAGCAACGAAAAAGCGGGUUUCCCACCUCGUUCGUCUUCGAUUCCAAAACGCGAGUGUUCAGGUUCAAUUGAGCAGGCCAGGCCUUUUUUAUUCGACCAAGAAGUAGCUAUCCGCGAGCCAAAAAGUCAACUUAACGAUCCAAAGAUAUCAAUCAGCCGCAGCACAAAGAUUUCACAGAUGUCUAGUGAUCAACCAAACACUCCUGGGACUGCUGAACGCUCAACUGUCUCUGAAAUCAAGCAAUACUACUUUUCUGGCAGCUCUAGUGGCCUACUUGGUGAUUUCAUCCCGAUAGGGACUCCCGGAUCGGUUUAUUCUCCUCCUCCUCAACAACAACUCCCAUUGAAAACAAUUCCUGCCAAUAGUUCGGCGUACGGUCACAAGACUGAGAAUUCCAGAAACCCAUACGCAUUCGAGCCGGAGACACCCUUAAAUAUGGACGAGUCGCCCCAGACCACAAUGACCGACUUCAUGCAUAUUUACGACGAUGUUAGACCUGCCUCAUCACCAAUUCUUGGCAUUGGACAUGUUAAGAAUUCGCGGUCGGUUGGUCAUACAACAAACAGAAGUGAUCUUUUGGCUGCACCUCAAUACUUAAGUCAUGGUCAUGGUCUUCAGCGCAGCGGAACAUCACCAAGUGUAACGCCGUCACGAUUUGUGGCACGCGAAGAAUUUCCAAAUCCCAAACAUCGAGCCUAUUAUGAUGAUGUUGAUUCUAUCUCACCCAUCCUAAAUAAUGCUUAUCCGACUCAAAGCCUACCUCAUCGCGGUCGAGCCGCGACGUUUGGGCAUUCUCGAAUCCCUCUUCGUAAGGGUUCCCAAGAGCAAUUUCAACAACCGUCGCGCUCCCCUGCUCGUAAGCCAUCCGGCGGUCAUCGCGUGCAGCCGUCACACACUUCUGACGAAGCAGGACCUGAUGGCAGAGGUCGUUCUGCAACAUACACCCCGAUUCGAAAGGAAAUAAACUCAAAUUACAGCAAUGAGUCUUAUUCGAGCUCAGCUUCGACUACAAUCAAUCGACAGAUGACUCGAUCUCCCGCAAAGAAUCUUAUCGGCGUAACCGAACAAGAUGAGACUAAUUCUGAAAGCCCGGAUUUGCUUCCAAUGUCUCCCAAGAAGAGAUCGCGCUCGCCAAUGAAAAAAAUGUUUGGGGAGCAUGGCUGGCUUGGAUCCUCACCAAAUGAGGUUAUACCCAGUAUUUUAAGUUCAAAAUCCGCCACCCAAAAAAUGGACAAACCCAGAAAACCUGGAAUGAUGGAGAAGAUCAAAAACAAAAUCGAGGGCUUCACCGAAAAGGCGGACAUGAAAAACGACAAAAAUAGAAUAUCAGUUUUGUCUAUCUCUAUCAACCCGUACGAGCAAGCUAGAUACUUGGUUGAGCUAGAACUUAUGAUAGUUCAUACAGCCAAUACAUUUCUCAUGAUCCAAUUUAGUCAAGGUCGUAUGUCUAUCGAUAGCAUCAAGAAGACCGUGGACACAUGGAAAAACAAGGGACGUCCGGCUGUUGUUGAGUUCAUGUACGACCAAGGCACUCAGCGAGAUCUUGUUACUGCCAAUCAGUAUAACUUUCGAUUCCACGGCAACCGACUGGGUGAUGACGUUCGUAUCUCAUCUAUGCUCUAUAAUUGGAAGCAGGUGGCAUCACUCAUGUCUAUCCGCACCUUUUGUAAUGCAGAUACUGUCCUCUUGAAGCUGGUGUUUGAUGUAGAACAGAUAUUGGAGCUCAUUGGGGGUUCUGAACAAAUAAUGCUACGACUCCAGCAUCUUCGACUGUCGAUCAACGAAGCGAUUCGCAUUGCCAAAGUUGACAGGGCUACCCGUACUUCGCCUAAUGGUCGUGACAGGCAGUGGGAAUCACAUUCACCACCAGGCAUCUCGCAUAACGAUUCAUAUGGAGGCAUGAAGCUCGUUCCUGAACGCUAUCUUGGCUGA